AUGGGUCGAAAUCAAUGGGUCGUCACCAAUCAACACAAUCGAAAUCGAAAAAACCAAAAACCCCCAAAAUUUCAGAUCGAAAAUAGAAAGAACUUCACCUUCGCCCUGCCACGAACGACGCCGUCACCAAUGGGUCGCCGAGUCGAAGAGAGAGGAGGCAGAGCAGUGUUGCGAAGAAUGGGACGCGACGCCUGUGUUCACGGAAGAGUCUCCUUCGCCCACGUAGAACUAAUAGAACCAGCUGUGAAGGGAACCCUUAAUGUUGAUCCUAAAUAUGUAUUUGACAGUAAUCGUUUGGAAUUGCGGUGGGAGAUUUCUCUUGGAACUAUGAAAGCUGAUGUCUCCGCAAAUAAUAGUGAUGGUGAAAAUCGAUUGCUAAAAUAUCAGGAAGCUACUAGUUUAGGCAGUAAAGCAAAUGAGGUUUCUCUCCUUCAAAGUAAUAGACCAAUGUCAAGUUGUAGCCAGAAAGCCAAAUACCCGUUCAUUUGUGAAUGCUUCUUUAUGAUGGCCAGUGUGCUUAACUUGGGAUUACUAAAAGCAUUUUCGGACUUCAAAAAUCUUGUUCAGCAACUGGAGGAAUUGCAAGCUAAAUAUGAGGGUCAGGUUCAACAGUGCUCUGAUUUGAGCAACAGACUUGAUGCUACCGAAAAAGACUUGAAACAAACCAGUGAAUUGUUGGCAAAUACGGAGAAUGAAUUGAGACAAUGCAAGUAUUCCCUCAAGGAACGGGAAUUUAUCAUAUCUGAGCAGAAAAAAGCAGCCAGAGGGGACAAACUGAAUGCGGAUAACAUGUCAACUGUGUACACUUUUCAGGCUGAACUGGUGCAGCAGCUUGGUACUCUUUGUAACACAUUGGCCACAUCGAUUUCUUACCAAAGCGAACACCUCCAGUGUGUUGAAAAUCUCUGUAACUCUUUUCUGGAAGUACAUGAUAAGGUGUUUGUUUCAUUUCAUUUCCUUGAGUUUGAUUCUUGGUUCUAA